AUGUUUGCGGUUACAGACAAUGCCGGUAAAUGCCAUUUAAUUGGCAUCGACCAAACCGCAUCAUAUGAAAAAUUUCAGGAUCGAGCUAUUCAUGGGCAAAAAUUCAGAAGCGACUAUGAUGAUUACGAGGAAUACACUUUUGACGAAGAAAGAAGAGUUUUAAUUAACGUUAAUUCAGGGACUCCGCAGAAUUCAAGUAUUCCUCGUGAAGUAGUAAAUUGGGGAGGUGCUCCUUAUCCCAAACAAACAACUCAAAGUCAUCUUAAGGCUAUCAGUACUGGUAUUCCUGAAGUACAAGAAUGGCAAGAAGAUAAUUGGAAGAGAGAUAUUCUCGUCGAAGAGGUCGAAGAAAUCAAGUAUGGAAGUCUCGUCAAACAUCUUAUGGACAAGAAAGAUGUGACCAAACGAAGAAGAAGAAUUAUCAUUGAAGAUGAGUACGAGUAUGUUGACCCCGUUUUACUUGACGAAACAAGCUUCCCACUACAAGACGAUAGCGAUGAUGAAGAUUAUAUUCCUGGCCUUUCUGAUCGUGAAGGAACUCCUGAUAGCACCGAAGAAAUUGACUUUAUGGAAAUUGACACAAUUCCAAUAUCCGUCGUAAAUUCUCCUGACUUGGACAGUGAUUAUGGAGUCAAGACAAGAAGACAAAAGAAAGCCGAAAAAAAGGCACAGAAAGACAGACGUUUUGCUGCAGGCGGCGUUUCGAGUACCAAUCAUAAAAAUAAGAAGAAAAGGAAGCGUUCUCGUGUCGAAUUAUCUGAUGGCGAGAAUGAUGAGUAUGUGGAACCAAGUAAUGACUACGGUAUUGCGGGUCCAAGUUCACGUCCUUUGAGACGUGUCAAAAGACGUAUAAAUUAUGGAGAAAGCGAAACUACUUCUUCAGAAGAAGAUAGCUUUAUAGAAAAUGAUCACGCUUCAUUUGAUACUAGUAGUAGACGUGCUAGAACACCAAAGUCACCAAGCGGUUCGGAAUAUCAAGAGGAUUCAGAGCAAGAAGAAUCGCAAAAUAAUAUUGAUUCUCCUUAUGUUGUAUCCUCGUCACAACAUGAAGUGUCACCAUGUGAAGAUACACAUGGAAAUUAUGGAGGUGAUGAUGAAAGUUUUAUGGAAGACGAUCUUGAACAAGAUUAUGAGAAAUUGGGAGGUUCGGGAGGUUCGGAACAAGUUAGGGCGACACUUUCAGAUUCAAUGGAUACCGCAUAUCCAGAAGAUGAUACUCGUCCAGAAUGGAUUAAAAUGAUUAGACCACAAGCAUCUCCGUAUCACCCUCAGAUUGGGGAUGUUAUUAUUUAUUUCAUAAACGGGCAUAAAGAAAUGCUUCGAAGGUGUUAUCAUGAUGCAGACAAUUCUGUUUUACUUCAAACUUUGGGACCUGGUGAUCCAACACUUCAUAAGGAUCACGCGUGGAAUAGGUCGUCAACUUAUAAAAAAGCUAUAGACAAUAUCUUAUAUUGUCUCAUUGAUGAUGUUGAAUGGACUCGAGGAGACAAAAAUAAACCUUUUGUAAAGAUUACAGCAAAAACAUUGAAUCUUCAAGAUUAUCAAAACAAUAACCAACUUUUGCCGAUAGAUCCCGUACUAGGAAUUGACGAAAAAGUAUUUGCUACAUAUGAUAAUACACCAUAUUCUGGGACUAUUGUUCAAAUAAACAAAGAUAAAACAGCUAACGACUGGUCUCCAUGGCAAACUUACACAGUUAAUUGGGACGAACCUAAUGAUCCAGAAAAUACUCAAGACACAUUACAUAGCUGGGAAUUGAAACGUGAAAAUGAACAAGAUUUGGUCGAUAGUAAAACUUAUGGAGAAGAAGAUAAAAUGACCAUGAGUAAUAUCAUUUCUGAACUUAUUAACGAAGUUGAUUUCGAUUGGUUUGUAAAUCACGUCAACUUCACUGAAAUAAUUGAUUAUCUUCCAAAAAUUCCAUAUCCGAUGUGCCUUCGAAUGAUUGAAGCACGUAUACAAAACAAUUGGUAUCGCUCUUUAAGGGCGAUCAAGGCAGACAUUGAUUUAAUACAUUGGAAUGCAACAAAUUAUAAUGAAUCAGGAACCGAAAUUCCUUUGGCGGCAAAUAAACUACUUAAUCAAUUUAAACGUCUUACUGAACGGUAUUAUAUUUACAAAAAAAUUCAAGAAGAAUUGCCAAGCUACAUUAAAUCAAUAAAAAAAUAA